AUGGAUCCCAUCGACCGCGACUCAACGAUCAUCAAAAUUGGCGACUCACCGCUACCUGAACAGCAGACUGUUGCUUUGACACAAGAAGAAAUUAAUGAACGCCUGAGACGGAAGAGAAAAUCAAGAGGCCAAAAAGCGUGCUACCCAUGUCGUCAGCGCAAAGUUGGCUGCAAUUAUGCAAAGCCUUGUCAGAAAUGCGUCGAUCGCGAUCACCCGGAGUUGUGCUUGUAUGAGCCCAUUUCGAAAAGGCCCAAUGUAGGCACGCGAGAACCCGCGACGAGCGUCACAACGGCCCCCUCCACGUCCUACGUUCAUCAGACCACCGAAAAUCUGGUCAGCAUUUCUGUCAGUGAGCGGCUUGCUACGAUAGAACAAUCAUUGCAGGAGCUACGCGACGAAUUUGCCAAGUUUGUCAGCAAUUAUGUGCCACCUCGACAAGGCCGUUUGGGACGGUCGUCUCACGAACCUCCUGAGCACGACUCCGAGAGUGAUGAUCUUGACGAGGACGCGAUUGGCCUCCAUACCAGCAAUGCCAUGACAGGCGCAACUGUACAUUUAGGUGGAAAUUCUGUUCCCGCCAUGGUCGUAGCGCUAGGCGGUGGUAGCCAACAGGAGGACGCGAUCGAAGGCCUUCUUGGCAAGAGUAUAUUGCCCAUCUUUGGUCUAGAUAACGAAAGCGCCACCUAUCCGUUUGUCGAUCUCUGGGGUCUUCCACACGGUUCCUAUGCCAGACUCGAAGGUCUGUGCAAGUUAUUGCCAAGCGACGACGACUGUUUGCAGUAUUUCAAGUCCUAUCGAGACACCGCCCACAUCAUCUUCCCUGCUGUGGUUGACAUCAAUCAGUUCGAAAAUGACCUGACUCGUUUCCUAAUCAAAAGGGCGGGUGCGAACAGCAAACCGCAACCCGGCAGUAUAUCCAUACAGGAUGUCUACGGGAAAACUCUACACUGGGUCGGUCUUCUGUUUGCCAUUUUGGCGUCAGGAUAUCAGUGCUCCAGUGUUCCAAGAAAGCAACGACAACUUACCUGUCAGGUCUAUGUCUGUUGUGCUUACGAGUGUCUGCGCAUUGUCAACUAUCUGUCCACCGCUACUCUGCUCAAUAUCCAGAACAUGCUGAUACUCGGAAAUGUUGUGUCCAACAACAUGAAUGCCGGUGUGGCAUGGUCGUUUCUCGGGUUGACCAUAAGACUCGGCCAGAGCCUCGGAUUACACCAGAAGACCAAGGUUGUAGACGCCGAUGGCGCCUUGCGCGAGGAGAUCUGGUGGCGUAUAGUCUGGCAGGACAGUCUUCUUUCGAUCACAUAUGAUCGUGCCUCAUCCACGCCGACCAUUAGUCACCACAAAUCUCUGAGAGCUUUGGACGCAGGGCGUUUGUCGUACAUCGAGUGUAUGAAGAUCCUUUGCACUAUCGGCCUCGAAAUUGUGCGAGAGCGGACUCAUCACACUGAUUUCAAGGCUGAGCUUGCGCGGAUUCACACUCACCGAGAUGAGCUCGAACGUAUGAUGGAGCAUGCCGUGCAUCACCUUCGGGAUUCCACCGCGUGUAGGUCGCCGCGAGAUCAGCUUGAGCACUGGAACUUGUAUAUGCACAGAUCGUAUAUUCUCUCCGAGCUCUACCGUGCCACCAUGCGCCGUAAAGGCACACCCAGCGAGCUCCAGAGCCUGCGAAACAUAUGUCUGGACCACCUUGCGGACACUGUGGAUGCUUUCCUUGGUCUCCAGAGCUUGACGCGAUUCGCUACGCAGUCAUGGGCCGCAAUCCAUCGGGGGCUGAGUUCUGCGUUGCUGCUGGGCAUCCUAAAACAACCACGUCACAAUCAACGUGUACACAUGUUGUUGGACAAACUCAUUUCGGUCAUGAGCAGUGUCAACUCUUCUGAGGAUCCAACUGAGGAGUCGGCUCCGAUCGCCCGUGCUAUCACUGCUUUGUCCCGGCUCAAUGAUGGCAUACUGGAGCGUCAAAUGUCAAGGAGCGUAUCGACAACAACCUGGGAGCCGAGCAUGACAGCCGACGCAAUCAUGAAUCCCGAAAGGCAACAGGAAGAUCCCGAUAAAAAGCCGUCAUCUGAGGGCUCACCUUACGAAGUUAUGGAAAAGAUUCUUUGGAGUUCGAGAUGA